AUGAGUCAGAAAGUAGAAAAACCAGUGUUGUCCGGUCAGCGUAUCAAGACCAGAAAGAGAGAUGAAAGAGAAAAAUAUGACCCUGUCGGGUUUCGGGAUAAUGUUUUUCAAGGGCUUAACGAAGCAGGUUGUGACCUCGAGGGAGUGUCCAAGUUUUUGGACGCUGCCGGUUCUAAAUUGGAUUACAGGCGAUAUGGAGAAGCGCUAUUUGAUAUACUGAUUGCCGGCGGUCUUCUAAUGCCUGGCGGAUCAAUUGCCCAAGACGGAGAGAAAACAUGUAAAGCCAGUGUUUGUAUAUUUGAAGCCCCGGAAGACAUGGAAUCGAUGCACAAUUUUGAACAGGUAUUCGUCAAACUAAUGCGCAGAUACAAAUAUCUGGAAAAAAUGUUUGAAGAUGAAAUGAAGAAAGUGCUGAGUUAUAUGAAGGGAUUUAGUGAAUUAGAACGCCUUAAAUUGGCCCGAAUGACAGCUUUAUGGAUUUCAAAUGGCUCGGUGCCUCCUAAUGUCCUCUUGGUCCUUUUAAAUGAGCAUCUUGUGAAAGAUAACCUCGCAUUAGAUUUCUUGAUGGAAGUAUUUGUCACUUGGAAACAUGAAAAAGGCCUUGCCACGUUGGUAACUGCCUUAAAGAAAGGUGGGAUUGAGUCCAGGCUUUUGGAAUUUGUACCUACUAGUAAGCGUACAGAAGAACAUUUCCGACUCGUCUUUGAAGAAAAAGGAUUGUCUGAUAUUGUUAAACUUCACAAAGAUCAAGCUAGCCAAGAAGUGAAGAAAGACUUGCAGUCUCAGUUAGAAGAACAGUUAUCAGAAGGCCAGCCCAUUAAAGACAUUGUUGCAGAUAUUCGGGACACUGCAUCAAAAAGUGGGAUUCAGGAUCAUGAAAUGGUUGUGCUCAUAUGGUCUACUAUUAUGUCACAAGUAGAAUGGAAUAAGAAAGAAGAACUUGUUGCUGAGCAAGCACUAAAACAUUUAAAACAAUACACACCUUUAUUAGCUGCAUUCACUGCAACUGCUCAAUCUGAAUUGGUCCUUAUGCUCCGUAUUCAAGAAUUUUGCUAUGAUAACAUGAAUUUUAUGAAGGUUUUCCACAAAAUUGUUUUACUUUUCUACAAAACUGAUGUUAUUUCAGAAACGGCUAUCUUGAAGUGGUAUAAGGAAAGUCAUUCAAUGAAAGGCAAGAUGAUGUUUCUGGAUCAAAUGAAAAAGUUUGUUGAAUGGCUUCAAAAUGCCGAAGAAGAAUCGGAAUCUGGAGAAGAAGACUGA